AUGCCCAGGGGAUGGCUCAGGCCCCGGAGAGGGGCUGUCUACUACAGGGACGUCCCUGGAAACUCCCCCCUCCCACUGCCCAGAGGCCUUGCCUGCUACUUAGAACGGGUCCCAAAGCUGAGCCCUCCCCGAAUCCCAUGCCUUGCCCCCCUCAUGGACGUGCAGAGAGAAGGAGAGACCAAAGGCUGGGAAAGAGGGCAGAGGACAGGAUGUGGCCUGAAAGAGACUGGAGUGGGAGGAGACACUCAGGGACCCCCCUUUACUUGCUUGUGCCCCUCCCCUCUGCCCCGCCGGACCCAAAGCGGGUUCAAACAGGGGUGGACCACGAUGCUUUCCUGGAUCUUCCCUGCUCUCCCUCCCACACUGCUGCUAGUUCUGGCACUGCUGGGUUCAGGGCAGGGGGAGCUGGCACCUCAGAUUGAUGGGCGGACAUGGGCAGAGCGAGCACUGAGAGAGAAUGAACGACAUGCCUUCACCUGCCAGGUGGAAGGUGGCCAUGACUCUCCGAGGUUGGCCUGGUACCUGGAUGGACAAUUGCAGGAGGCCAACACUUCGAGGCUGCUGAGUGUGGGUGGGGAGGCCUUUACAGGGAGCACCAGCACUUUUACAAUCACUGCCCAGAGGGCUCAACAUGAGUUGAACUGCUCCUUGCAGGAUCCAGACACCAAGAGGGUGGCCAAUGCUUCUGUCAUCCUCAAUGUGCAGUUCAAACCAGAGAUUGCCCAGGUUGGGGCCAAGUACCAAGAGGCCCAGGGCCCAGGGCUCUUAGUUGUCCUGUUUGCCCUGGUACGUGCCAACCCACCUGCCAAUGUCACCUGGAUUGACCGGGAUGGACCUGUGACUGUCAACACUUCUGACUUCCUGGUGUUGGAUGCCCAGAGCUACCCCUGGCUCACCAACCACACUGUGCAGCUACAGCUACACAGCCUGGCCCAAAACCUCUCUGUGGUGGCUAGCAAUGGCGUGGGUGUCACUAGUUCUUCUCUGCCAGCCCCAGGGCUCCUGGCCACCCAGGUGGAAGUGCCAAUGCUGGGCAUUGUUGUAGCUGGAGCCCUUGCCCUGGGUACUCUGGUUGGCUUUAGCACCCUGGUGGCCUGCCUGGUCUGCAGGAAGGACAAAAAGACUACAGGAACCUCUCGGCGACCAUCUCUCCUCUCCAGUGACUCCAACAAUCUGAAGCUCAACAAUGUGCGACUGCCCCGGGAAAACAUGUCCCUCCCCUCCAACCUGCAACUCAAUGAUCUCACUCCAAAUUCCAAAGGUGGUGUGUAUUUUGUUGUGGUCAGACCAUACCCAAAGUGUAUUGCCAAACCAGCUGAUGGACAGAUACCACAGAACACCAGGAGGCCUGACAUUCUGGACCCGGAGAAUGGUGUCCUUUUCACCAGCCAAGGUUUUGUACAUCUUCCGAUGCUGGGCUACAUCUAUCGGGCAUCUAGUAUGAGCAGUGAUGAGAUUUGGCUGUGAGCAAGAGGGCAGGAUAAAUGGAGGUCCUUUCUGUCCCUUGGAAGCCCUUCACUCCUCUCCUGAGCCUGCCCUUUCCCUCCUGGCUAGAGAGGGAAAUUUUGUUACCCAUAUGAGUUUGACUGGUAUCAUUUGGACCUCAAAUUGGGAUUGGAUGCUCUUCGGAAUGGGGUUGAGGCUGCCCAUGAGAACUAGUCACUUCAUUUUAACUCAAGUUGGUCUUGAGGCUUGGACACAAUGCAAUGAAUACCCAAGCUGAAUGCAGCUAUGCUCAAAUAGCACGUAACUGUCUGGAGAGGGCAUGCCAUUUCCUGACACCUCAAAACCCUACCCCUGUGCUUCUUUAGCACUUUAUACAAUGGAUAUGGGGAGCAUGCCAAGCUAGGUAGACAAGGAGGAUGCUGCAUGUCCUGGGCACAGCCCCUUACUCCUCUGUUGACCAUCUAGGUCUCACCCCGACCAGGCAAAAAUUAAACUGUCCCUUCUUUGUGUGCCAAACCUGGCACACUCGCAUGGGUUAAGCUAAGCACAACCUUAUCCUUUUGGCUGAUAGCCAUCCUGUCUGCAUCUGCUUCCUCAUGGGUACCACAUAUAGUGAGUGGUAGAGGUGGGAGGUGGGCUUUCCUUACCUCCUCGAUAGACCAAAAGCAUCUUUAGUGUAAGCACUAUCAGUUACUGGGCCUCAGCACAAGUUAAGAGGGAGGGAGGCCUAGUAAUGCCCUCCAGAGGGCAUGAAGCUAUGCAUCUGUUCCUGCAAUGUCAGCACUUUAAGAAUGUCCUGUAGGGGAGGGGGCAUGACUAAGAGCCCCCAGGGCUUUUACUUUUUCUCUACUGUUUCUCCUGUAUUUGAAGGUUCCUAGUGAUUCACUGUGAGUGCUCUGGGCCCAACAGGGCUAAGGUUUCCCUCAUCAAAACUGCUCUGCCUUCUCCUAUUCUUGUGUUCUAUUUAUCUCACUCCCACCCUCUCCAAUCCUCCUGCAAUGACUGUCUGGAAUCCAUCCUUUGGCAGCAAUAAACCAAGUGUUCU